CAGAUGGAUCCGGAUAUAAACGUGGCCCGCCUCCUUCUUGUUCUAGCUAGCUGUCGGUUGUGUGUAAAUCCCUGAAAGGUCGGUGAUCGAUGGCGGCCUCUGUAGCACCAGAAGGGCCGUCCGAGUCUCUUUUUGCUAAGUUCUCUAAACCCUUCUCCACCGCCAUCACUGCUGCCUACAAGCGUCUGUUGGGACCGUACACGAGCCACAUUCGAUGCGGUCGGACGCCGUUUGACAUGCCAGGUCACCUCAUAGCUCCCCUCUGUGGCUCAGUGACGGCCUGCUCCACCGGGCCUUACGGCGGGAUCUGUCAACUAGAGCCCGACAAAGACGCCCCGACCCACCCUCCAGGUAUCAUUGAUGAGAGUAUAGCAGGAGUGGUGGGCUGGCAGAGACCACAGAGCAACGCAGACGGCGAGUCCAUCACUCUCUACGAACACAAAGACCAGAGCACCUACCACCACGGAGACCCCAUAGCCGACGUCUUUGCCAUACUCGCUCGACCCAACAGCUGUAUUCUGGCCGUGGCAGACGGAUGUGGCUGGGGGAUAAAACCAAGACUCGCCGCUCGCUGUGCCGUCCAUGGAAGCAUCGAACACCUCAACGAGAAGCUUUUCAGUUCGUCGUCGGCGGAGAAGUUCACAACGCAGGACGUUUUCCACGUGAUGUACCGCUCCCUGCACACGGCUCAGAAGAGGAUAAUCCAACACGGCGGGACAACCACCACACUCUGUCUGGCAGUGGUGGUAGAACUAGCCGAGGCAAAGGCCGGGAACAGGUGGGGGUGUCUGCGUUGUGAGUGUCGGCGACUCCGUCUGCUACGUCUGGCGGCACGAGUCUCAGGAGGUUCACGAGGUGACAGCAGCCAUUAGGGACGGGAGGGAGAGGAACUUGAGGGACGCUGGGGGUUGUCUUGGAGCCGACAUGGGCGACCAUCCUGACCUCACAAACCUCUUCUGCUGCUUUGCCCCCGUCUCAGAACACGACCUCGUCUUUCUCUCGUCCGACGGAGUAUCGGACAAUUUUGACCCCGUGACUCUUCGGCAAGCGCUCCAAGAUUCAUCCGAGAUGACUCAAUCUUCAUCUCACCUCAUCCCCCAAGACACCCCCUCACAACCUCCCCCUCCUUCCUCCUCCACCUCUCCUCAUCCACGCCGUACCCUCACACCAUCCGAGCGACACAACAUGACGGUCCACCGUCUCACCGACCUGCUCAGAGAAUCCCAGGCCUCGAAAGAUGCACCACUCGACGCCACCGACGUAAAAGAAGCAGUCAAGAACUUUGUGAUAGAGGCGACGGAAGAGAAGCGACAUUUCCUUGAGCAGGUGUGGGCGGGGGCCAGCCAUUCGGUCCUGACCCCCGCCGAGAGAAGAGAACAAGACAGGAAGAUCGGGCAGACUGUGAAACAGCUCCCUGGAAAGUUGGACCAUGCCACAAUCGCAGUCUACCAGGUAGGGAGAGUCCUGUCCGAUGCAGCAGGUGAACACUCUAUACUUCACGUAAAGAGACCACAUUCUGUGACCCAAUCGUUUUGCAUCGUCGACCACCCCAACGAUCAGGGGCAUGCUACCCACACCAAGUUAGAGUUGCCCAGUUACACCACACCGAGAGGUAGUGAUGCAAUAGAUAACACGGCAGGUCCAAAUGAUCAUGAUCACAGUGUAUGAAAACGUUCGUUGUUGUUGUUUGUGUUUUUGUUUGUAAGUCUGUAAAUUUAAUAUAAACCCACA